AUGAUGGCUGACCGCAAUGCAUACUUGAGGUACAAGCGUGACCAAAGACAUCUUGUCUAUUGGAUCGUCAAUACCUCAGCUGGAAUCAUUCACAAAUCGCCGUCUGAAGCUUCUACAGCCAUCAACACCACUGGAGUAGUGUCCUUGGCCACCCUCCAGUCCCUCUCCGCUCUGAUUGCAAAGCAUCUAAGUCCAAUCCCGACAACGAUCUUUCGACUUUUUGAAUCGAUCAUUGAUGCCAGGAAGGAAACGCAUGAUUUCUCUCUGAAGAUUACCGCAGCGGCCAAAGAUCCCGAAGUCCAAAAAAGCAAUGACUCCCACAAGCACUGGAUCAAUGGCCUCACCGAGGCAUUUCAUGCCCUGGGAGGGAACAUAUGGAAAGCAGAAAAGAGUUCCCGCAGCGAUGUGCUUGACGAAGACGAAGAUGAGGUUAUCUUUGCGAACAAAUUCUCGACGCUCAGCCUGGACAGCGAGACAGCAGCCGAGGGCGAAGAAGACAUUGUAGUUGAAGGAAACGAAGGAGGAGACACCAAUACUGCUUCGCCAGCCAGAUUCAGUAUUCCGGCAAAGAAAACAAAUCGAAAGCCCCAGAAGAACAAAAAGACAGGCAAGAAAGCUAAGAAGCCAAAGGGCCAGAGGAAGACGGCAGAUGGUGCCGAUUCCCAUAAGCUACAAGAUGUGCCUCUGGAGAGCUAUCGCAUCAUCGAGGAUGACAGCGGUACUGUCACUGACUAUUUGAUGGCUGUCUACUCGCUGGUUCAACAAAUGAUGGAGCUGCGUCAUCAUCUCCAAGGUGUCUGGCGUCAGGUGGCGUAUGACGGUCUGAACAGCGCCGUUGCAGCUAAUGUGUCCAAUGUCGCCAUUGAGAUAAUCAAAGAUACUCAAUCGCAAAUGUUCGUGGAUUUCCCUGGUCAUGACUCUUUCGAGACCGUCGUGCAGACUCUCACCCGAGGCAAUCCCGACAAGGCUCAAGGAAUGUUCCACAUUGAGGAGUUUUUCUUGAAUGGUUAUCAAGAUCUCUUCGACUUUGUCACCGACUUCCAGCAGACGCGCAGCGGCAAGCCAACCAAGUCUAUGUUGAAAAGCCUUCAGCAUUGGAAUCCCAACUUGAACCUUGCAAAAGCCAGCCGACAAGAGCGCAUGAAGUGGCGCCGAACAUACACAAUUAAUUGGCUGUAUGAUUUGGUGAACGUUUUCUCCGGAGUUGUGGUUCAGCGUCGAACAAACCAAAAGCAGACAAUCCUCCUCGAGCGCGUUGACUGGCCACGAAACGGGCCAUGGAUCAAGCACCGAGUCUUAUUUGGAAUCAACGACUUUGCUGGUGACAUUACACAUCUGGCAAUGCAAAAGGCAGGAACAGAUAUCCGAGCAAAGAUCCUACCGCACCAUGUCUUCCAGCUACAGUGCAUGGUAGACUCUAUGACUGUCUCGUGGAUGGUCAAUUGGUGUCCUUGUUGGACAUGCAAUAACAAUUCCUGCACCCGGUUUCAGACCCCGACGCGACGUCGAUAUCUUCAUGGACCGUGA